AUGCCCUCAUUUAAUCCACAACUAGUUCUAAGCAGUAUUUUUCUCGGGGUUGGUGUUUGGGCUAUAAUAAAACCAAAACAUGUAGUAAGACACACUUUUCAUCGUUCAAUUAUGACUACGGACUCGUUACUAAUUACACGAUGUCUUGGAGCUCAAGCAAUGCUUUGCGGGAUUGCGUUAAAGACUGCCAAAUUAACACGUCAAACUUAUAUCUGGUUUGGCAUCUUCGGAAGUGCGCCGUUCCUUUACAUUGACUUAUAUUAUUUUUUUAUUGAUCCCACUUUCACUAAGUAUAUCUUUUUGGAUCUGUUGGGAAAUGUCUUUCUCGUUGGAGCUUGUUAUUUGGGUGCGAAGCAAUUGAAAUAA